AACCAUUUGAAAAAAAAAGAGGAAAUGUAGAGUGGCUGUGCUCAAUUCAAAUUCGGUUCGACGGCUCUGAUUUCGCCCAAAGCAUUGUUGAACAUGAACGGCCCUACACUGAUCUCGACCUUCACUAAGUUUUCAACUCAAUUCACGGGCUUUUGUUGGCGUAUCCCCUGCAGCACGAAUAUUGCAACAGGUUAGGAUAAAGUUCUUCAUCGUCUUAUUUGAAAUCACUGCUAGAAUAGUCAAUUAUGGACACAAUGGACGCAGUUUCGAGGCAAGCUGAAACCUCUUCGCUUGGAUGGCCCGAUUACCUGGUUAUCGCCGUCUACUUCGUUGGAAUUCUCGGCGUCGGACUCUGGUCUGGGCGAUCGAACAAGCAGGACAGCAUUAGCGGAUAUUUUUUAGCUUCAAGAAACAUGCACUGGAUACCGGUUGGAGCUUCGCUAUUUGCUAGUAAUAUUGGAUCUGGUCAUUUUGUUGGACUUUCAGGAUCGGGAGCUGCUUCCGGAAUCGGAAAUGCAGCAUUUGAGUUAAAUGCCAUGUUUAUUCUUAUUCUUUUGGGUUACGUUUUCGUUCCGGUUUAUAUGGCCAGUGGUGUAUACACCAUGCCAGAAUAUCUUAGACUGCGAUUCGGUGGACAGCGGAUUCGCGUCUAUCUUUCCGUUCUCGCACUACUUCUCUACGUGUUUACAAAAAUUUCCGCGGAUUUGUUUUCGGGAGCCAUUUUCAUCCAACAAGCUAUGGGCCUGGAAGGAGAUGCUGGGAUUUAUAUUUCCAUCCUGAUCCUGUUAGCCAUUGCCGCACUAUUUACCAUCACCGGUGGAUUGACGGCUGUCAUUUGGACUGAUUUCGUACAGACCAUCAUUAUGUUGAUUGGAUCUUUCAUUUUGAUGGGCAUGGCUUUCAAUGAAGUCGGUGGCUACAACCAGCUGGUUCACAAAUUCUUCAAAGCGUACCCGAAUGAAACGGCUUACGACUUGAACAACAAGUCGUGCGCAAACAUUCCCGACGACGCGAUGCACCUUUUCAAGAACAUCCAUUCAACCGAGCUACCGUGGACUGGCGUCGUCUUUGGUGUUACCAUUUCGUCCAUCUGGUAUUGGUGUUCAGAUCAGGUUAUCGUGCAACGAACGUUGGCUGCCAAAACGAUGACCCACGCCAAAGGAGGCUGCAUUAUGGCUAGCUUCCUCAAAAUUCUUCCCUUGUUCAUCAUCAUUUUCCCUGGAAUGGCUUCACGAGUCCUCUACACUGACACUGUUGCCUGUGCUGAUCCGGUUGCGUGUGAAAAGAUUUGCGGAAGCCAGGCAGGCUGUACCAAUAUCGCUUACGCUGAGCUUGUGAUUAAUCUUUUGCCUCAAGGCUUGACCGGUUUGAUGUUGGCCGUCAUGUUGGCUGCCUUGAUGAGCUCUUUAACUUCAAUUUUCAAUUCUUCGUCUACCAUUUUCACCAUGGACAUUUGGACCAGGAUUCGGAAAAAUCCAAGCGACAUUGAACUGCUAGUCGUUGGAAGACUCUUUGUGCUGGUCUUAGUGGCCAUAAGUAUUCUGUGGAUUCCGGUGAUUCAGGCGUCUCAAGGUGGCCAACUCUUCGUCUACAUUCAAAACAUUACGUCAUAUUUAGCGCCGCCAGUUUGCGCCGUAUAUUUACUGGCCUUUUUCAUCCCACGUACUACUGAACAGGGAGCUUUUUGGGGUCUGAUGGUCGGAUUGAUUGUCGGACUUAUCCGUUUUGGUUUGGAGUUUGGUUACGUCAUACCACCUUGCGGCUCAGGUUUGCCCGAUCCUCGACCUGAGAUCAUUAAAAAGAUUGUGGGCAACGUUCACUAUCUACAUUUUGGGUGCAUUUUGUUUUUGAUCUCGUUGGUAACUGCUGUGCUCGUUUCCCUCAUCACAGAACCGAUCGACGAAAAAUACUUGUAUCGUCUGACAUUUUGGACGCGUCACAGUACUAAAGUUCGUCUAGAACUUCAAGACGGCGAAAAAUCCGAUUCGACAACAAAGUUGGCGACCACCGCAAUCGACGCGGAUUCUUCGGUCACAGCAAGUGAUUCGGCAACCGACGCCCAGUCCAUCAACGACAGCCAAAAUGUACCUUUGCCCGCCUGGAGAAGGGCAGUUAAUUGCCUAUGUGGCGUUGAGACACAGAAAGCUGACCAGAUGCCCAGUACUCCAAAAGCAGUAAUCGAUCCCCAGGAAGAAGCGAUUUUGGCCAGCGAGUUUAUCAAAGAGGAUCCAAAGUGGUACAAGUUUGUGAAUACCAACGCUAUUAUAGUCAUGUCGGUGUCUGCCUUUAUGUGGGCGUGGUAUGCCUAGAUUGUCAACACUUCAAGAAAACAUCCACGACCAUUCGUGUUAUGUAUCUUUGUUUUCCAUUAGCGAAUUUUGUAUUAAUUGUUGUGCCAAAAAAACCUUACUGUGACAUAAAAGUGCAAUCAACAAUGUGUUUUAGGUAAUAGUCAGUCCCUUAACAGAAUAAAUAGAUUAUAUCUAAUAAAUAUCUAAUAAAUGGUUUUUCCUUG